GGACGAGUGCUUUUCCGGUCGCAGGAGUUGCAGGUCCUCCGAUUUACAAAGCAGUUACUGCGGAAGACUUGCUUCCGGGUGACAUUGUGGAUUUGUCGAGUCUUGCGCAACAUCAAGGCAAUUCUGCUGGCACUGCCUCUUCUUUGAAGGGCGCAAAGAAUACAACUAACGAACGCGAAGCAUGCGGGUCCGCUUUCAGUAUGCCGAAUAUCAUUCCAGCAGACUGCGUGCUUGUUAGAGGGGGGGCUUUAGUCAACGAGGCUGCUUUGACUGGAGAGUCGCUACCGUUGCAGAAGGUCAGCUACUUGAGUCUUGAAGAGCGUGGAGAAUACCCGGAGCCAAAGUCGGAGCGGCAUGUUCUGCAUGCCGGCACGACGUUGCUGGCCGCGGAAACAGGCAGUUUAGCAGUUGUCACAGGUAAUAUGGCUGUUGUUUGGUUAUUUCUUCUUGCAUCAUUUUUGUUUUUACUAAUAAUGGGGUCCCUGCUAAAGUGAAAAUUAGCAUAGAAGAACAACAUCAAUGCAGUUUUGUUCCGUUUCUGUGUUAAUUGCAAUGGCCCAGCACUCCUCCAUAACUAAAUGCUCCAGGUAUCGGCGUUGGCACGAUCCGCGGUGACGCGGUGCGCCACCUGUUCAGUAAGGCCGCGACGAACGACCCCUCAAAAAGAUAUGACUUUGAUACGCACUUGAAGGUUUGGCACACCUUCACUGCGGUCUUCGUCGCCCCGCCGGUCACUAUGUGCAUGUUGUUCUUGACCAAUCCGUCUCUCGCGGAAAUCCACGUGAUCCUCGUUCAGGCGCUAACCACCCUGAUGAUGCUGGCUUCACCGUACAUGCCGAUCGCGCUAAGCACAGCGUGCUUGGAGAGCGGAAAGCGGUUGGAAACGGAACUGCAGCUCUUCGUGAUGGACAAACACCGCAUCCCAGUCACCGGGAACAUCGACAUAUUUGCGUUCGACAAGACUGGCACAGUGACUGAAGAAAAAAUGCGAUUCUACGGCGUUGCUACGUGGACC